AUGCCGCGGACUGCAAAAGAGGAGCAGGUUUGUCUCGAUCACCAAGCCGCACAGCCGACAGGCCAGCAACAGCAAGAACCCCUGCUCUUCUACAACACGCCGCCGUCAUGGCCAUUUGGGUCGUCCUCGAAGCGUCCGUUCAUUAUCUACUAUGAGUCCGUCAAAUACAGCGACGAAGCCAAAGCAUGGCCGAACGGUGACAUGUCGUACGCAAAAGGGAAAUGGGACGCUAUGUCGGCAGAUGAGCAUGCUGUAUACGCAGAGAAGGGCGGGGAAGCAAGAAGGCAGGCCUGGGUCGAUUCGUACAUGCGUGUACCGACGAUAAGAUAUUAA